AUGCUGUUACGAUAUCUUCCCUUUGCGCCGUCGACGACGCCUCUCCAGGCACUUACGUACCUCCUCGGCAUAUCGCUCUUCUCCAUCUCGUUCCUUGUCUUUCUGAAUAGCUCCAUUUCUUUUGUUAUUACCGACUUGAUUGGGCAGAAGGAAGGCGUUGGCGAUGUUGUAGGAACGCUCGGCUUCGCGGAUGAGCUUGUUGCACUUGUUGCUUGUCCUGGAUGGGGUCUUGUGUCGGAUCGUCUGGGUGUAAGAUGGGUUGCAGUUAUCGGAUACGCGAUAAUCGGGCUCUCGCUGGCUUUGUUUGUCCAGGCGACGAACGUGUAUCCCCAAUUGUUGCUGGCUCGUGUGUUAUUUGCCGUCGGCGCAUCCGCAGCAGCUACAAUGGUAACCGCGAUUUUACCAUCUUUGACCGACGACAGCAACAGCGAAGAGGAUGAGGCGCGAGCUAGAAUCAAGGCGCUUCAGAAUGCGACUGCUCGAAGCAGCAUCGCCUUUUCUGUCGAGUCCGAGGCCACCAUCACACAGGAGCGAUACACACAGUCAGUUUCUGAUCGGAGUAUGUCGGACUCAGCAGACUCAGCGGCUGGAAGACCAUCAAAGCUAGCAGGUUUCGUCGGAUUAUUCACUGGGUGUGGUGCUCUUGUUGCAUUGACUCUUUUUCUCCCACUCCCUGCUAAAUUCAGCGAGGAUAAGGAUACGACACCCGCUGAAGCCGUAUCUUAUAGUUUUUAUGUCGUAGCUGUUGUCGCACUUGCUGUGUCUUUAUUUGUCGCAAUCGGUCUGCGAAAUAUCAAGGGUGAGGAAGGCAAGGGUUUUAGGGUCCUCUUUGGACUUAAAGAUGAGAACGAAUCGAGAUCAGAUGGAAACGGUCCCCAACGGAAACUGGCACCUUAUCUACAUCUUAUGAAGGACUCUGUCUUUCUUGGCUUUGUCGAUUCACGAAUCGGUCUCGGAUACGUCGGCGGCUUUGUCGCUCGAGCUUCCAGUGUUGCGAUUUCACUUUUUAUCCCUCUCUAUGUCAACACAUAUUAUAUUAGCAACGGUUUCUGUAAGGGUUCACCUCACGACUCAUCACCUGAGCUCAAGGAGGAGUGCAGAGCCGCUUACGUCCUCUCUUCCAUCUUGACUGGCGUUGCGCAGUUCAUGGGUCUCAUCUGCGCGCCUGUUUUCGGAUAUCUCGCCAGCCGAACUGGUCGUAUCAACUACCCCGUCGUCGUCUCAACCGUGUUUGGUAUCGUAGGCUACACCAUCCUACCACAACUCGCCAGUCCGGAGAUCAAGGACGUGGAAGGACGGGGUGGCAGCCCCAUAAUCUUCCUGGUCGUCUCGCUCCUCGGUAUCAGUCAGAUUGGUGCCAUUGUCUGCAGUCUUGGAUCUCUCGGUCGCGGCGUUCUCGCAGUUGAGCUACCUCGCAAUACGCGCCCUGAAAGCCUUCUGCAGCCCGAGGACUACGAAUCUGCCAACGACGAGAACCGGCCUCUCAUCAGCAUCACAACAGAUCAAGAAUCAGUUUCGCGUAUUCGUCUCAAGGGCUCCAUCGCUGGUGUUUAUUCACUAUACGGUGGCUUUGCCAUCUUGCUGCUCACAAAGCUGGGAGGAUAUCUGUUCGAUACACUGUCCAACGGUGCACCUUUCUACAUGAUGGCCAUUUUCAAUGCUGUGUUGCUUGCCUUUUCUCUUGGGAUGGAUGCCUCGCGCACGUUCUCGCACCAGACGUAA